GUCCCCCUCCCCUCCACGGAUGACUGACUGCUGUAGAUGGCUGUCACAGGCGGGGCUAGCCUGCUAACUUAUCGUUGACAACAUUCAAAGACUACUCUUGCAAGUGUCUGAAACAUCCACAAUAAAAAAUGGAUCAAGAGUUUGAGGACAUAGAUUCUUCUGGGAAGUGGCAGAACCUUUACAAUGAAAUACGAAACCAAGCCAGUGAAUAUUCAUACAGAAUGGCCAAACUUCCAGAGAAUCGUAAUCGAAACAGAUAUAGAGAUGUCAGCCCGUAUGAUCACAGUCGUGUUAAACUUGAAAACUCUGAAAAUGACUACAUCAAUGCGAGUUUAGUCACAGUGGAGGAAGCCCAAAGAAGCUAUAUUUUAUCACAGGGCCCACUGAGAAACACCUGUGGUCACUUCUGGUUGAUGAUCUGGGAGCAAAACUCAAAAGCCGUUAUAAUGCUUAACAGAGUCAUAGAGAAGGGAUCUGAGAAAUGUGCUCAGUACUGGCCGACGGAUGAAGAUCACUCUGUGUCUUUCACGGAUACAGGGUUUGUAGUGACACUCGUGAAGGAGGAGGACAUGUCCUACUACACAAUCCGACUGCUGGAGCUGAGGCAUACGGAGACGGGAGAAACGAGAGAGAUAUACCACUUUCACUACACCACCUGGCCCGACUUUGGUGUCCCAGAAUCCCCGGCUUCCUUCCUAAACUUCCUGGUCAAGGUGCGAGAGUCCGGUUCCUUGGAGGUCGAGCACGGGCCUGCUGUGGUGCACUGCAGUGCCGGGAUUGGACGCUCAGGGACGUUCUCAUUGGUCGACUCCUGUCUUAUCCUGAUGAGCAAGAGGAAAGACCCAUCAUCUGUGGACAUUCAGAAGGUUCUGCUGGACAUGAGAGAGUACAGGAUGGGUCUGAUCCAGACUCCUGACCAGCUCCGCUUCUCCUACAGAGCCGUCAUGGAGGGGGCCAAGUGUAUCAUCAGGGACUCCUCUCCACAGCAGAGCAGGUGGAGAGAGCUAUCCAGAGAAGAUGUAGAGCCCCCUGUCCCUCCACCUCGACAACUCUGCCACACCCAAGCCCCACCCCCGCCCCCGCCGCGUCCUUUAGUUAGCCCCACCCCCCCACAACCUACAGGGAAACCCAAUGGUCAGGGGCUGUCCUGUGUGGAGCCUGUGUCCGUGGACCUGCUCAGAGAGGACCGGACCGCGGUCGACGGGACAGACAGACACAGCUCAGAGAGGGACCUGGCAGGAGUGAACAGCCUGAGGAAGCGACACAGGGAGGAGCGUAUUGCCAGCACUGCCCAUAAAGUGUCCCAGAUGAAACAGAGACUGACUGACACAGAGAGGCAGAGGGAGAGCUGGCAGUAUUGGAGGCCAGUUCUGCUUAACAUUGGAGCUGGAGCAGCCGUGGCCGCGGGACUGCUGCUGGCGUGGUUUUUCUCCCAGUGAUACACACCCCACCCCCACCCCACCACCCAUUUUCUGUCUCACACAUGGAUUCACUCUUGUUUUGCACCAGUAUCUAGGACACGGUACUAUAGUUCUCUCUGUAGGUAGGCUCUGACUGUGCAGAACAGGGGUAUUUAUUUCUACAGGUCAAAGGCUGCUUUGACAAAUGCAGCCCAGGUCUGAUCUUUUUCCCGAUAAUCGAAAAAGUUAGCUUUUUCUUAAUGGUCAAAGACCCAAUAGUGAAAUAAGAUCCAGCCUGGGCUGCAUAUGUUAAUGCAUCCGUAACAUCAGAGCACUAGAUCAAACCUCCCAGUGUAUAUUUUCAUGUUAAAGAUCUUCAUGGUAACAUCUCUCUCAGGAUCUUAGGCUGCGUUUACAGGGGCUCACACAGGUUAUUUUCUAUUGGACAAAUUGUCAAUUUGACCAGUCACAUGAGAUUUUUUUUUAGCAUCAGACCUUUUUCCAAGCUGAUAUGAUUGGUCAGAAAACCAAUGGGGAAAAAAACAGAUUGGGCUUGUCAACGCAGCCAUUGGUGCUUCAGCUCCAGCACCACUGAUGAAUGUACUGUAAAUCUAUCUAACCCUAUAGAGCAACCACACGAUGGAGCAACUGAAGCUUCAGAGCAAACAAAGGAACAUUGUUCUGAUUUAAACUUUUUCAUUCAUUACUUUCAAAGGUCAUGUCACUGAUUUGAUGGACACUUGACAUAGAGCAUUUCGAAAGCUUUGUUUGAACUUUGAACCUCUUCCCACAGAGGUCCCAGUGCAACAGGAACCUUGAGGGGAAAUGGCAAUGGACUGUGGAACAUCAUACUGUACUCUUCAUGAUGCUCAGCAUGCGCGCUUUAGUUUAGACAUUUUCCCAGAACUGACAUGGUUCUUCUUCCGUUGUCAGCAGGGCAGGUCAGGGGGCCAGGUAGAGUUUGGUUUGGACACUUUCAGUCAGGCGCUCAGUGGUUUAGACAGGAAUCAAUUCAUGACUUCAUCAGAUCAUUGCUCUAGGCUGCAAUGCAUACAGCAGGCUUCAGGUGACCAGCACUUUCUGUUCCUCAACCCGCUGGCUGUCAGCCAACCAGGCUGGGUUAGCUUCUACUGUCAGCUGAUCCAGUGGGAUGGUUUGGAGGGGUCUUCAUGUCCUUAAUGUAAUCCCCUAAAAUAUGGCUGAGUUAGCUAUAGAUAGAUAGCUAAUGCCAGAUCUCAUUUCCCCAUGACAGAUUUCAGUUGGCAGUUAUACUUUAUUUUGAGAGUCCCAAUUUCUGUCUGUAGAUGUUUUAUUGAAAGUAAAUACUAUCAGGAAACGUUCAAUAACAUAUCUGUUGAUAUGCAACUGCUUGCUAUGGUUAGGUUUAGGAUAAGGCUUAGCGUUAAAGCGUUUUUAUUAUGAAAAAGGUUAUGAUUAGUAGAUAGUUAACAUGUUACUGAUAAUCAGUAGAUAAUAUGCAGAGCAUCUACAGAAACACUUUUGGGACUCUCAAAAUAGUGUUACCCAGUUGGCUAGCACAAAAUGUGGUCAGGGGUUGUGAGGUUGUUUUGACACGACAUGCUAAGCAGUGUUAACCCAGGGUAGUGUUAUAUCGUUUUCUUCAUGUGAUUCAGAAUGUAUUUUCCAUUGAGUGUAAAGCUUCUGACUGGGGCCCAGUAAAGAAUUGGUGUGUGACAGUAACCUGGGUUUGAGCUCACCACUGCUGCAUGUACAGAGGAACGCCUAUGUCAGAUAAUAGCCCCUCAUCACACUGUAGAGUGAAAAUGCCCUAAGCUUCUAGUGUCACUGGGACCAAUUAAAAAAUAUUGUUAAUAGUGUGAUUCCCAGGUUUGGUCAAAGCAUCCAACACCGAGUGCUAAGCAAGUCAAUACGUUGUUGAAAGAAAUCAAACUAGGUGACUAUAUAAUAUGGAUGCGUCUUUUGGAUUUUUUUUGUUUGAAACAGAUGUGCCUUUAAGACCAUCCAAUGGUUAGCUACUUGAUUUGAAAAACAACAACAAUAACAGAAUAACUAAAAUCAGAUACAGCUGCGGUCUCGUGGCUCACAGUUGCAUACUACACGUGUUGUUGGUAUGUUCUACCUGAGGGUACAUGUCUUCUGAAAGCUCAUCCCAGGUGUACUAAGUUCCUUUGAGGGGAUGACUGACUGAUGGGAUGACUGACUGAUGGGAUGACUGACUGGAGGUAGCCGAAAUGGCACUCUGUUCCCAAUAUAGCUCCCUGUGUCUCUGGUCAGAAGUUCGGCACUAUGGGGUAUAGGUUGCUUGGCAAUGUCCUCUCUUGGAUGACACUGGACGAUGGUCUCUCGUUGGAUGUAGUUUAGGGUUUAGCCAAGUAACACUGGCCUCAGAAUGGCUUGGACCAGAACAUUCCAUUUGUUUGCUUAUUUACAUCUUGUUGUUGUUGUUUCCUCUUAGAUUCAGGUGAGUUGUGUCCACUGUAUAGCUGCAGUGAUGACACGAUGUCUUGGAAAAACAAAACAAAAGUGAACUUCUUGAAUAAAGUAUUUCUUUUAUAACA